UUUGGGUGUGGCGCGUUCGUGUUGCAGCAAAUUCAAAAAGGAUGAUGAGAGGCUUUAUCUUCUUUCAGCUUGUUUUGGUCGGGCUCUCCUCAGCUCAACAACCAUGUAUACCUCCAUCAGGGAAACCUAGUUGCGUCUGUGACACUGCUGAUGGGACUAUUGAUUUAUCCUCUAUAUCAAACACUGAUGGAACUGCAAGAUUCAGUAACAUACCACAGAGUGAUGGAGACACUCAAUUUGUAUACUCUUACAACCCUUGCACUAGCUAUUACGAGGGAUAUAGUAGCUGUAACUAUGGCAAUGCUGCUGCUUGCCAGUCAGAUCAAAGUGGAGAUUCUUAUAUGCUCGGUGAUGCAUCAACUGAAACUAUGUACAUUGAUUCUGACACUGGUAACAAUUACUUGCAGUAUGACAAUGGAGAUGAUUCCAGGAUUACCAAAGUAUAUCUAACAUGCGAUCAGAAUGCAGACACCCCGUCAAUUACUGCCGAUGGUGACGGAGACACUGCUUUGACAUAUAUAUACCACUUGACAACAAAGUGUGCAUGUGCUGGAGGAUGCAGUGAUACACCAGUACCAACUGACCCUCCCACUAAGCCUGGUGGUGGAGGUGGUGGUAAAAACAGUGGCAAAAGUGGUGUAGCCCCUGGUAUAAUUGGCAUUGUGCUGGUUAUUGUGAUGCUCAUUGGUUUUGUCACUUACUUUGUUGUUGGAGCUGUUGUUUUGAACAGGAAAUUUGAAAAGCAAGGCAAAGAAAUGAUUCCCCAGAAAGACCUGUGGUUCUCAUUACCAUUCCUUGUUAAGGAUGGAUGUGUUUUUACAUUUGGACCUCUAGUGAACCUCAUAAGACGUAAAACAGGAAAAGGAGGAGGCGACUAUGAGAAUUUAAAAUAAAGACAGAUUGACUAUAUACUUUGACCAUUAUACUUUUGCUUAUAUUUUAUUCUUUUAUUUAAUUCCGCUGCAAUUAUUCUGGUUUGCAUUACCCGAA